AUGCCGAGUAAACUGGCAAGCACCGGAGCUAGAUCACCGUCGCCAGGAAGCACCGGAGCUCAGAUGUCAACAAUCAAGCUGAGUCAAGCUCAUCAAUCAAGCUGGAUUGACUCAACGGUCAAGCUGAGUCAAGCCAAGCUCAUCAAGCUAUAUCAAGCUGUAUCAAGCUCGUCAAGCUCAUCAAGCUGA